AUGAGCGAGUUUGAAGCCUCCCGUUGGCGACAGUAUGUGUUUAGUGAGUCAAGUACGGCUUUUUUGGCUGGGGGUGUAGCAGGUGCGGUCUCCAGAACAGUGGUUUCGCCUUUUGAGAGAGUGAAGAUCUUGUUGCAGGUGCAGAGCUCUACUCAGGCAUAUAACCAAGGAAUUUUUGGAGCAGUCAAGCAAAUUUACGUCGAAGAAGGAGUGCCCGGCCUGUUACGCGGUAACGGGCUUAAUUGCGUUCGUAUCUUUCCCUACAGCGCGGUGCAGUUUGUAGUGUACGAAUUUUGCAAGCGACAAUGGUUCAAAUCCAGAGUGGCUGAAGACGGUCCUAAACAGCUCUACGGCUGGCAGCGGCUGGUUGGCGGCGCCGCUUGUGGGUUCUCCAGUGUUCUCGCGACUUAUCCGCUAGAUCUGGUGCGCACUCGUCUAUCCAUCCAGACUGCCAACCUGGCGCGACUGAAGCACGCCGGCGCUACCAAACCACCCGGGGUUUGGAAGCUUCUCGUGAACACUUACACGCAAGAAGGCGGUCUUGCAGGUCUCUACCGCGGAUUUUGGCCCACCAGUAUCGGUGUGGUCCCCUAUGUGAGUUUAAAUUUCGCAGUUUAUGAACAGCUGCGCGAAUUGAUCCCCGUGAGCGUCGACCCCACAUGGGCCAGUCUCUGCAAGCUAUCAAUCGGUGCCGUCAGUGGCGGUGUUGCGCAAACUGUCACCUAUCCGUUCGAUCUGCUGAGACGGCGUUUCCAGGUGCUAGCAAUGAGCCAAAACGCACUGGGGUAUCGAUACACAGGUAUUCUCGACGCGCUGCGAACUAUAGGGCGUACCGAGGGCUUCAAGGGCUACUACAAGGGACUGACUGCCAACCUGUUCAAGGUCGUUCCGUCCACCGCAGUCAGCUGGGUGGUCUACGAGGCCGUUCGCGAUUUCAUGGAACAAAGCUGA